UUUGUAUCUUUAUCUCCAGGUUAACAGUUUGCAUUUGUGUUAUCAAACAUUCUGCUUACUUUUUCUUUAUAUUGCAAUUUGAUUUUACCAAAAGAAUCAGAUGCAGCAUUGUGUUUUCAUCUAGAUAUGUUCUGUAUCAUCCAGUACUUUUUUUUAACAACUGCAGAGGAGAUAGUCUGUGCACUCACACAUGGUCUCUCACACUUCAAAGGCAAGAUGGCUGUGUUUGUUGCACUUUAAAGCAUAGCUGUGGCAGUUAUAUCUUUUGUUUUUAGAAAGCCAAAUCCUCACAGAAAUUGGGUUAACCAUACCUCAAAAGUCAUCCAUACUUAGGGCUGGAGAGAUGGCUCCGUGGGUGUUUGGUGCCACAAAAGUGAGGACCCUAAUUCCAUCCCAGGCUCCCAUGUGAAAAAGAGGGGCUGGCUGCAAGCAGGGAUUGUGAGACAGCAGGGUCAUCGGGGCAUGCUGACCACCAGUGGAGUCCUCAAACUCUCGAGUGCCAGGUUCACGGAUAGAUCCUACCGCUAAAGAAUAGGGGAAAGAGUGACAGAACAGGGCAUCUCAUGUCCUCAUCACACACACACACACACACACACACACACACACACACACACACACACACACCCCUAUGUUUCUUGAAAUCCUCCCUUCUAAUAGGUUUAGCAAUACGUGGAUGAAGUCUUGCUGUCCUAAGUCAGCCUUUGAUAUUUAGGGCACACAGUCUGUCACAGAACUAAAGAAUUCUUCAUUCUUAAAUUGUAUUUUUAUUCAUUCAUAUAGUGUAGAAUGCAGCUAGCUGCCAAUUCCUUUUUAAGUAGCUGGAUGAAGGCUGAAUAUGCAUGCCAUGUGUGUGCAUGUUGUGGGAGACAAUGUGAUGGAGAAAACUGGAGAACUCCGAGAAAACAGGUGGCUGGGAGUGAGUUAGGACUGUUCUUUAUACACGAUGAUAAAAGUCUUCCAGGUAAAAUGACAUUUGUAUAGAAAUAUAAUGGACGUCAAUACUGCUCUACAAGAGGUGCUGAAGACCGCCCUCAUCCACGAUGGCCUAGCACGUGGCAUCCGCGAAGCUGUCAGAGCCUUAGACAAGUGCCAAGCCCGUCUCUGUGUGCUCGCAUCCAAUUGUGAUGAGCCUAGGGGUGUCAAGUUGGUGGAGGCACUUUGUGCCGAGCACCACAUCAACCUGAUUAAGGUUGAUGACAACAAGAAGCUAGGGGAAUGGGUAGGCCUCUGUAAAACUGAUCAAGAAGGGAAGCCAUGGAAAGUGGUUGAUUGCAGUUGUGUAGUGGUUGAAGACUAUGGCAAAGAAUCUCGGGCCAAGGAUGUCAUCGAAGAGUACUUCAAGUGCAAGACAUGAAUGAAUAAAAAUUUUGGUUCAUUAAAAAAAAAAAAGAAAUAUCAUUUUCCAAUAGUUUUAACCCUAAGCAUGUUCUAAAAUGAAACCCUGGCUAUGUUAGCAGUUAUUUUCCCUUUGUA